AUGAUGGGGAAUGGCACUGAUCAAGACUAUGAAGCCUUGGAGGAGAUUUUUGCUUUCAAUGCACAAUCUGACCAUGCUGACUAUACUGAGUACAAGUUCUUGGCUGCGUUCAUAUACAGUACUCUAGCGGUGGGAGGCCUUGCGGUCAAUAUUCUCUUUUGUUGCGUUAUUUGGAGAACAGACAAAUUGCAUUCCGUGACACAUAUGUUAAUGACAAACCUAGCUGUUUCAAACAUCUUUUUCCUUAUGUUUCACCCUCCAUAUUUUCUGACAACGUUUAUACUAGAGUCUAAUUGGAAAUUUGGAACGCUGAUGUGCAAGGCAUCGUUUUCCGUUGGAUAUGUGACAGUAACGGGAUCGUUCUACUUUAUGUGUUUGGUGGCUAUCGAUCGAUGGUUAGCGAUAUUCUAUCGAAAGAGGCGGUUAGACAGAAGACGAUGUAUUUACUUAACUACUGGAGCAUGGAUAUUAUCUGUGGUCGUUGCAUCACCUUACAUAUACAAGAGUCAGAUUUCUUGCUGGUCACCGUUAUUUUCCGUUGGAAUUCUCCAUCGUUUCCAUCCUGAAGUCUCCUUUCCCUUAUACAUCAUCACGUCAAUGAUUGCUCUCUUGGGAGUGCUGUGUACCCCACUGUGUUACAUGGCAAAUGACGGAUUUCGGCAACAAAUGCUACAGCUUUUCUCAUGUCUUCAAGUGAAAGAGCGCACCAGUGAUCGAUCAACUCAACACUUUCUCGGAAUUGUGUCAGAUAUUGAUGCUACGGUUCGAGUCAAAGGAACACCUACUUUGGCUACAUGCAACACUUCGAACUCGUGUAUUAUCUUGCACAAGAAGGAACAUAGGGAAGGCCUGGCGAGUAGGGUUAGCACAUUGGUAGCUUGA